AUUCUACUUUAUCGAUUUCAUAUAACUUUGACAGCAAAAGUUCCACUUCACAGUCUCUGGUCCCUAUGCCCUCUCCCUCUCACUCUUCUCUCUCUACCUCUGUCUCUGCUCCGCAACUUAAAAUCAGCCAUAGAUAAGCAGUUACUUAUUUUGUUCACUUCAAAAGAGAGCUCAAAGUAGAGAUCUAUCUACUGGAUAUGUUUCGCCUUCUGUUCUUCUUCUUUGUCAUCUUGCUGUUAGGGUUAGGGUUAGGGUCGAAUGGAGCAAAUACUCAAAGGAUUUUGACUCCAGAAUCUGCUGCUCAUACAGAUGAUGGGGACGUAUCGUCUAAGCCAGUCAAAAUGAGUACCGUAAGGCACGACGUUGCAGUGGGAGGGAUCGGUGCGAACUGGGGCUCACAAGCAUCGCACAAGAUAAAACCCGACUUAGUCGUGAGGAUGCUAAGGGAGAACGGGAUUCAAAAGGUAAAGCUCUUCGAUUCUGAUUACGACACGCUACGAGCCUUGGGAAAGUCCGGGAUUCAGGUCAUGGUUGGCAUUCCGAAUGACAUGCUUGCGAAUUUCGCCAGUAGCUCGAAGGCUGCUCAGAAAUGGGUAGCGGAGAACGUCACCCAUCAUAUCUCCAACAACGUCAUGAUCAGGUAUGUGGCCGUUGGGAAUGAACCUUUCUUGGAGACGUACAACGGUUCCUUUCUCAAAACGACGUACCCGGCUCUCAAAAACAUCCAAGACGCCCUCACGAAGGCCGGCCUCCACGACCAAGUAAAGAUCACCUGCCCAAACAACGCUGAUGUCUACUCGAGCGACAGUGGCUUGCCAUCAGGAGGGGACUUCCGAGCCGAUAUCCGCGACUACAUGGUGCAGAUCGUGAAGCUGCUCAACGACAACGGAGCCCCAUUCACCGUCAACAUAUACCCGUUCAUAAGCCUCUACGUUGAGCCCACGUUCCCCGUCGAAUAUGCGUUCUUCGACGGGGACGCGACGCCACUCACCGACCAGGGGAUGACCUACACCAACAUGUUCGACGCCAACCACGACACGCUCGUAUGGGCGCUGCAGAAGAACGGCUUUCCCAACAUGCCUAUCAUACUCGGCGAGAUCGGCUGGCCCACAGACGGCGACCGGAACGCCAACCUACAAUACGCACAACGAUUCAACCAAGGCUUCAUGACUCGUAUGUCGGCCGGGAAAGGAACCCCGAUGAGGCCCGGCCCGAUCGACGCUUACCUCUUCAGCUUGAUCGACGAGGACUUGAAGAGCAUUCAGCCGGGAAACUUCGAGCGCCACUGGGGGAUCCUCCGAUACGACGGGCAGCCCAAGUACCCUCUUAACCUCGGGACCACAAACUCGGCCACUCUCAUCCCGGUGAGAAACGUGACCUACUUGGAUACGAAAUGGUGCAUCAUGAAGCCGAAUGUGAGGCUUGACGAUCCUAAGGUGGCGGGGAGCGUGAGCUACGCGUGCAGCCUAGGCGACUGCACGAGCCUCGGAUACCAGACGUCGUGUGGGAGCCUGGAUGCACGGGCGAAUAUAUCGUACGCCUUCAACAGCUAUUACCAGAUAUACAAUCAGAUGGAUGAGGCUUGCGACUUCAACGGGCUGGCAACGGUGACGAGGGCCGAUCCCACGAUCGGAAACUGCAGGUUUAAUGUGAUGAUCAAGCCAUACUAUGGUGGUGCAGCUACACUUGCAGGAUCUUUCAUCAAAACAGUGUUGGUUGUGACCCUUGGUUUCUUGAAUGGUUUGUGAGUUUUGAGCAAGAAUUUGUCUUCAUUUUAAUUUUUGGUUAAUGUAGAGGAAAACUGGAAUUAUUCUAGCAUUGAUUCAAUUAUCAAUCACGUUCUUAACUUUAUUUCAUUUAA